AUGACUACACUGGUUGGAGGUAUUAUAGGCAUCUUAAAAGCUUGGUUUCUACAACUGAUCACUUUAAAGGAAAGAGAGAUGUCUACCCAAUUGAGAUAUCUCAUUAAUGUGGCUUUCUUGAAUUUCUUUGAGACUUUGACAGAGUUUUUAAAAGGUGGACCAAAUAUUUCCAAAAACCUCUUAUCACAAUUCGUUGAGAAAUUCACCUCAGGGGUGGAUAAUGAAAUGUCACAGAUAUUGAUAGUCUGGGUAUCCAAGAAUAAAUUGGAAAGUUUUGAAAAUAAUGAAAAAGAUCCAUUAUCAUUAGAAGGGUUGAAGCAUCUUUUGAUGAAAACUCUUGAUACCAAAGCACCAAAAACUGAACUUUCAAAGUGUGAUGCUGAUGAAAUUAAGGAAGUAAAGACUCAUUUAACCCCAUUUAUCUAUUAUAUUGAUUUAAAUCGAAUGGAUAUGAACGAAAUUAUGAAAUACAUUGAACCUGUAAAUAUUUUUUCAAUUGAAAAACUCAAGGAUAUUUAUUGCUCUAAAAGGGACAAGGAAUUACCAAAUAUUCAUGAAAUACCUGUUUUUAAAUGGAAAAAUAUUUAUAUUGGAAUAUGUGGUGAUGAGAAUUUAAGUACAACUGAACAAAAUUACCAUGGGAGGGCUAGAAAACCUAUAGUUUUCGGAUACGGAUGGGAUGAUAUUCCUUCUCAAGUUUAUCCUGUUGUUUCUUUAGGUUGUAGUAGUGAAUUGCGUAUAGAACCUGUAUCAACAC